AUGGCCAGAGGCAGCGCCCUCCUGCUCGGCUCCCUCCUCCCCGCCGCCGCCCUUUCAGCCGCCUCGGGGCUCCGGGCACCGGCAAAGAGAGGCUGGACCCUCAACAGCGCCGGCUACCUUCUCGGUCCGCAUGCCAUUGACAACCACAGGUCAUUUAACGACAAGCAUGGCCUCACCGGCAAGCGGGAGCUCCAGCCUGCAGAUGAAAUGAAGCCAGGAAGCUUCGACAGAUCACUGCCUGAGAACAAUAUCGUGCGCACAAUCAUUGAGUUUCUGACUUUCUUGCAUCUCAAAGAGGCCGGGGCCCUGGACAGCCUGCCUGAUCGCCCCUCCACAGUGUCUGCAGAAGACAUGGAGCAGUCCUGAGAGGAAGCUCCCCAGCGUUUGUCCGUGUGUCGUUGAAAGUCAGACUUUAAGACCUUGGCUAAUCUCACGCCAGCUUAUGCAGAGCAAACCACUUAGUCCUGUUCUCUCUGCUCUGAUGCUGUUAUAAUUUAAGAUUUUUUGGGAGGGGGGGCAUCAUUAUUUCAUUUUGGUGGUAAAUAAAAAA